AAAAGAGAGGGGCAUCGGGAAAACAAGAAGGACGAAAGAAAAGGGCUGAAAGAUAUGAAAAUGAACACGAGAAAAAACAACAGUUUGCAGAAAGAUGGAGGAGAAUGUGGAAUCAAAGAAAUGGCACAAAAUGUCUCUUUGAAGUCUGGUAUGAACGCAGGAAAUUUUAAACUGCAUAAAACAGUACAUAACAUUACGAGUUGUACUGAACGUUGCUGUGAGGAUCCUCUGUGUGAUAUCGCUGUCAUUAUGACAAAUCGUUGUUAUACUGUGCAAUGUUACAGCCCUAAAGACUGUGAAUCCAAGGAAAGCGAAACUCCUAAUAUCAUUAUAGCAUACUUAGAUAAUCACCUCCGAAAUAACCAAAAUGGAACCACAUCGACAACACAUAUCAACUUCAACAGCGACAGGAAAAUAAACAAGAAAACCGUUGUUCCAAAUUCUAGAGAAGGUAAGAAGUUACAAGAGUAAAGUUUAUCUAAGCCUACAAGUGGAGAACCAAAUUAAUCACUACAGAUCUAUUAAGCUCUGCACUGAUUAAUUUGGCUAGGAAAACAUCCCAUUUUUUGUUUUGCUUUCAUUACUCUCCAGCAUGGUUUUAUCUUCUCCGCUUAUUUCCAUGCAUUUUCAUGUCAUCCCGAAAUUUUCUAUUCAUGUUUUUUUAAUUCCAUUCACAUGCAAGUAAAUUAAAUAAAACACAACGCUAAGGAGGUUCUUGGCCUGACGAAUGAUGCAGAUCUGAAAGAAGCCUCGUAGCAAGUGUCCUAUUACUAGUAAGUUGGAGCAUGCUCAGGCACAACUUUUUAGCAACUUGGAACGCUUGCUACGCAGGCUCAUAUAAAAAAGAAAAAAUGUUUAGCUUACACAGUACUUUGACCGACUUCUGUAAUUUCCUAGAAACAUCUUAUGAGACGAUAAUGUAUCGCUUUGAUGAACAUUUAUUUCAAAACAUCUAUAUAUUUGUUUUUUAGGUAAUAUUGGAGAUAUGCUUGAUUCAAUCCAGUUCCUCAAUGGUCCUUCUACCGUCACAAAAGACAUGAAAUUCAGUUUCCUUCAACAAUGUGCUUUGUACGUCGAACCAGAAAAUUUCACCAAGACUGUCCAUGGCUGGGUGACACCUCGAUACAGUCCUGUGAAAUAUCUUUACCAGGCCCCGAAUGGAAUUCCUCCUCCUCUUGGCAUGCGAUCUGCCGUACCGCUUGGAGGAAUGGGUACAGGUGAAUAUAUAUAA